AUGGCGGACUCCAGCGACUCAGUCUCCGUCGAUAUGGAGUCACUUCCGUUCGCCGGAAAGGAGCAUAUUGUGGAAACUGGUUGUGGUUCUGUGUCGGUGGCUGUUUUUGGAGACCAGGAUAAGCCUGCGCUAAUUACCUAUCCUGAUUUGGCUUUAAACUAUAUGUCCUGUUUCCGAGGUCUCUUCUUUUGUCCAGAAGCACUUUCUCUAUUUCUCCACAACUUUUGCAUUUAUCACAUCAAUCCUCCAGGGCACGAGCUAGGAGCUGAUGUUGUGGGGCCUGAUGAGCAGUUGUUGUCUGUCGAUGAUUUAGCUGAUCAGAUUGCUGAAAUCCUUGACUAUUUUGGAGUUGGUGGAGCAUUGUGCUUGGGGGCAACAGCUGGAGCGUAUAUUCUUACCCUGUUUGCUGUAAGUCAUUAUCUUCCUAGAGAUGCUUUGUCAACUUGUUUCCAAUUUCAACCACUUUUAUUAUUCGUUACUUUACUGCAGAUGAAGUACCCACAACGUGUUAUAGGUUUGAUACUUGUUUCCCCUCUAUGCAAAGCACCAUCCUGGACAGAGUGGAUGUACAAUAAGGUAUUAUCCAACUUACUUUACAUGUGUGGGAUGUGUGGUCUAGCAAAAGAAUUGUUGCUCAUACGGUAUUUCAGCAAGGAACAUCGGGGUAGUGUGGAUGUACCAGAAUCAGAUACCGUUCAAUCAUGCAGACGAUUGUUAGGAGAAAGGCAAAGCCCAAAUGUGCUUCGGUUUCUUGAAGCUAUCAACGAGAGACCAGAUAUCACCGAAGACUUGAGGAACCUAAAGUGCCGAACUUUGAUAUUUGUUGGGGAAAACUCUCCUUUCCACUAUGAGGCCCUCCACAUGAUAUCAAAGCUUGAUAGUAGAUUAAGCGCCUUGGUUGAGGUUCAAGCAUGUGGAUCAUUGGUUAGUGAAGAACAACCGGAAGCUAUGUUGAUACCGUUGGAAUAUUUUCUCAUGGGUUAUGGCUUCUACAGACCGGCAGAAUCCAAUAUCAGCCCGAGAAGCCCGUUGAGCCCGACAUGCAUCUCGCCCGAGCUAUUCUCACCAGAAAGCAUGGGGCUGAAGCUAAAGCCAAUCAAAACCAAGAUUCAGGAAGAAGUGUGA